ACUAAAUACUCAUUCCUAAUUUCAAAAAAAAAAAAAAAAAAAAAGAGGCCGAUCAAUGCAUCAAAUUCCUCGGAUCAACCCCAUAAUUUCACUAAUCGAUCAUGAACAAGUAAAGCCGUGGCUAACCCUCUCUCUAGCCUUGUUCUUCUUCUGUCCAAUAUUCACUUUCUUUGCAUUGUUCUGCCUCUUCUUCUCUCUCUUUUUUCUCCUCCCAACUCUCACCUUAAUUCUGGCUCUAAAGCUCUUAUUUCAUGAACCCUUUAGAAUUAUUGACGUGAGAAGUGCAAUAUUAGGCACCAAAUUCAAUUUCCCUAGUGAACUGCAAAGCCUUAUUAGUACACUUUGUACUGAUAUUGAUGAAGAGAGGAUAAUCAAUAAUACUACUACUUUGGAACGACAAUUAGAACAUAAUUCGAAGGAGAAGCAGGUUAAUUUUGACUUGGAUUCUACGGAGCUUCCGAGUUUCUCCGAAACCGACGACGAUGAUGAGAAAGGCGCGAAGGAGAGAUCGACGGUCGAAGAUGGAGAACAAUCUCAGCAAAUUCUGGUUCCGGAAACCGAUGUCAAAAGGGAAGAAUUUCGUGAACCAUGGUUCAGUGACGUUUUGACAUUCUGGAAAAGGAUGGAGAAAGGAGAACUGGAAGAGGCAUUAGGCCGCCAAUUUUGGAUCGCGACACACUGAAGAGAAAGCGGUUUGCAACCAAAAAAGAUGGAUCUUCAGUACAGUACUCAAACUUUGGUGUAAGAUUUAUGUUUUUCUUUUAACUAUGAGCUAUGUUAUGAAAACACUUGUCUUUGUCCUUGUAUAUAUAGCUGAAGUUUACGUGAUGGUCACGUAAAAUAUGGGUGUGAUUACUUUUUCUUUUGUUGUUUUCUUUCUCUCUUUUUUUUUUUUUUUUUUGGGUUGGUAAAUUGUACAUUUGGUAUUUUGGUUGAAAGAGAAAGAUCUCGGAAGGCAAGUGGAAGGAUUUAUUUAUAGUUUCAAGACACGCCUUUUUUAAUAGACUUUUCAUCGGACC